AUGCCAUUUUGUUGCCCGCCAAACAAGGAUGCCCACCAGAAAGAAAUCGCAAUCGAUGACUCUCCGGUUGUUGAUCAAGAACUGAUGCUUGCUUCAGAAUUGCCACCCGGCGAAAAAAAGGAAGUGGAAGUGAAUGGUAGAAAGCUGUUGCUGGUUAAUGAGAAAGGAUCAAUCUACUGUGUCAAUGCAUUGUGCUCACAUUACAAUUUUCCCUUGAUUAAAGGAGUGUUUCUGGAUGGGAAAGUGCGAUGCCCCCUGCAUGGGGCCUGUUUCAGCCUCAAAACAGGUGAUAUCGAAGAAUACCCGGGAUUUGAUUCCAUCAAUUCAUAUGCCGUAGAAAAUCGGAACGGGAAACUCUUUCUCAAAACGACGGAGAAGAGAUUGGGAAGUGAUCGGCGGACACGGAAGACCGCAAGAUUCGUUGAGAAAAAGGAAAAUCCUAUUGUGAUUAUUGGUGGAGGUCCCGCUGGAGAUACAGUUGCCGAACAUCUUCGAUUGCUCGGUUCCACUAGUCCAAUUUUAAUGCUAACUGCCGAUGAUAGUCCACCCUAUGACAGAGUGAUGCUCAGCAAGAAUUUCGGUGUUGAAAUCGACAAGAUCCGUCACCGCACUGAUGAAUUCUACGCUGAACGCAAGAUCACGGUCCGAACCAAGGCUAAGGUGGUAAAGCUAGAUCCCACGGCGAAAACUGUUGAAAUCGAGAACGGGGAACAAUUUAAAUACUCGAAGCUUGUAAUUGCAUCCGGAAGUACGGCUCGCAAAUUAAGCGACCCAGGCUUUGAUCUUAAAAACAUCUAUUAUGUGCGCGAGUUUUGCGACAUAAAAGGGCUGGCGGAGAACGCAAAGGGGAAGGAUGUCGUUGUGAUUGGUGGUUCAUUUAUUGGUAUGGAAUCAGCUGCGGCAAUCAAUUCGAUUGCCAAGUCGGUUACUGUAAUUUGCGCUACGGAAGAACCAAUGCCUGCCUUCGGACGAGACGUUGGAGCGUCAUUUAGACAUUAUUUUGAAAAGAAAGGAAUAACCAUUCGUACAAAUGCUCGAGUGUCAGCAAUUAUUGGAAAUUCAAGUGAUGAGGUUUCGGAGGUGAAAUUGAUGGGUGGAAUUAACCUGCCAGCACAAAUUGUGAUUGCUGGAAUUGGUGUCUCGCCCAACACUGACUUUGCUCGAAAAGCCGGCAUAAAGCUCGACACACGCGGUUGUAUCAUUGUCAAUUCCGAUUUCGUGACUAGCGACUGUAGCAUUUAUGCAAUUGGUGAUGUAUGUUCAUUCCCUCUACCGUAUUGGGGCCGUAAAAAUGUGAACAUUCAGCAUUUUCAGACAGCUCAAAAGCACGGCGAACUUGUCGCGCAUACCAUCCUUGGAAAAGCACAGCCUGGCCCGUUGGUUCCGUUCUUUUGGAGUGUAUUUUUCUUUGAAGUUGGCGCCCGAUUUGUUGGCCUGGCCGAUGACUUUGAUGAGAUGUACAUGCGCGGAGAUGUUGACAGUUUUGACUUUAGAAAAUAUUUCAUCAAAAAUGGAGAAGUGGUGGCUGUCUGUGAUGCCGGCCAAAAUACUAACGUAUCAAUCCCGUUCACUGAGAUUUUCAAGCGCGGCCUCCGCAUCACCCGAGAUGAAGUCGAACUGAACAAGGCGGACGAUUGGUCGAAAUACCUGACUGCU